AUGCUCGGAGAGUCUGUAGCUCCGCCGUUGAAAGCCGUACUGCAAGACAACUCGCGAAACCCCAGUGCUUGGCAGCCACUCCGCGGUGCAUCGUCAGCGCCCUCGACGGAUGCAGGCGGAGAGGGGCGGAUCGCGGAUGCGUCGGCGCCAGCAUGGUCUCAGCACAUCCAGCAGGUAGUCCGGCAUGCGGUGCUCGACCCUUUGCGCAACGCACCCUCUCACAUCGACGGCAGCGCAUCACAUGACGAAAACCGCCGCGAGAGUGUCGCGCCGCCGUCGCAGCUGGACUUGCCGGCGCAGUACAAGGUGAUAGUUGUGGAUGCCCUAGGGAUGCCAGCCGAUUUGCCGAGAGGUGCCCCACAGAGCUUUGAGGACCUGCUCGAGCUCUCGCCGUCGAUCCUUCGGACGCAGCUGCAGAAGCUGAUGGAGCGCAAGCGCUACCGCGUCCUCACCCCUGUGCAGGCCGCCGUCAUACCGCUUAUGCUGGAGUACCGCGAUGUGCUCUGUAUCGCGCCCACGGCAACUGGCAAGACCCUCUGCUAUGUCUACGCAACUCUUAUGCACCUCCUGCUGAAGGACAUAAAUGAUCGACCAGCCGCAGCAGCAGCAGCCGCGGGCGACGAGGGCGGCGGUGUCAGCCUGAACCGGCGGCAAGUGGAGACCUUCCUGCAGGAGAAAAUCGACAAAGGAGAAGUCUGCCCCUACUGCGAACUAAACCUCAGCGAGGUGCGCGUGUGUCCAAUGACAGGCUUCCCGCACCCGUCCGCGUCCGAGCUCGAGACCGACCUCGCUCUUCGGUCAAAGGAGCGACGUGCGAAGCGGCUGGAAGAGCUACAAUCCUCGGUCGCGGAGCCGCGCGUGCUGGUGCUGGUGCCGAAUGGUCAGCUGGCCUCUCAGGUCUCCGCCGUGUUCCGCUCUCUUCACUGCGACUAUAGGAUCCACUGCAUGGUACGCGCCUCCAGCGCAGAGGAGCAGCGCAAGUACCUGCAAGCGCUGGAGGGCGGCGUCGACGUGCUCGUCGCCUCCCCAGAAACCAUACUGCCAGCGUUAUACAAGCAUAAACUGUCCCUGAGGAGAGUGCAGACAGUGGUGAUGGAUGAAGUGGACGAUAUCGUCUCUGUGAAUCACUUCGAACCCAUGAAGAUCAUCCUCGGCGCGCUGCCAAAGGGCGUGCAACGGCCGCAGCGACUUCUGUUGGGGGCCUCGCUUCCACCCGUUGCCUAUGAAAUGAUCAAGACAAAGAUGCUGCUUCCCUCUCACAGAUUUGUGCUCGUCGACCUCAAAACCCCGGCAGAGCUAAGUCGUGCUGCUCCUUCUGCUCGAGCGUCGUCACUGUCAUCCUCGUCUCCCGACAAGCCAAACGCAGGGGACGCCGGCGAUCCCCCUGUAGCAGCCUUGUCUGCCACCGUGACGGGAGGUUUUUUGACCGCGCGCACAAAUCUGUGCCACCUCGUAUUUAUGGUGGGGCGCGCCGAGAAGGUGCAGAAGCUCGCGUGGCUGUACGAGACCGGGAAGCUCAACCCCGACCAGCGCACCCUCAUCUUCUGCAACUCACGUCACAACGUCGCCUACGUGUGCGACAAGAUGAAAGAGCUAGUUUCGCAGGUGAACUUUACCACGCUGACCUCGCACGCCUCGUCGUCGGCGCGGGAAGGUGUACUGAAGAUGUUCCGAACAGGGGUGUCGACCAGUCUUAUCUGCACAGACCUGCUGAGUCGCGGAAUCGACUUCCAGGGCGUGGUCUACGUCGUGCAUUACGACAUGCCAACAGACAUGGAGACCUGGAUGCACCGGUGCGGUCGCUGCGGUCGUGGAGGCUCUCUGCAGGGCAGAGGGUACAUCUACACCUUUUUCCAGCCGGAGAACAUCAAGCUGGCAAAGCCGCUGGUCGGGUAUCUCCGCCAGCACCAACAGUUAGUUCCGCCGAGGCUGCGCGAGUACGCGAAGCAGUCUUUCAUCGAUGUGUUCAACAACUCGCUCUUCCACCAUCCGACGCGUCCGCACCGCAAGGAUGAUCCGCAGAACAGCACGCCGGUUCUCGGCCGAGGCACGCGACGCUUCCCCGACUACAAGCAGGGCACCAUUCACAAACACUUCCGGCCACAUUGA